AUGCCAGACCUUUCACAGGAUAUCAUUGCAGACAUACUCUCUCGACUUCCUCUGAAGUCUGUGUGUCGAUUCAGGUGCGUGUCAAAGUCAUGGUUCAAUCUUACCACCGAACCCCACUUCAUCAACACCCAUCUCAACCGGCAUCGGAAGAAGCAGAAAAUCCUUCUCAGUUCUAAUAAUUCCCUAUUCUCCUUGGACCCUGAAGCACCUAUAGAUGAUGAUAUGCUACCCUUGGAGAUUGAUUUUCCACUUAAGAACCAUCCCAACACUGAGUGGGUUCACAUGUUUGGUUCCUGUAAUGGUUUGGUCUGCAUCAUGCCUCAGCCAGAAGCCUUCUUUAUAUUCAAUCCCACCAUUAGAGAGUCCUUGAGAGUACCAGAUUGCCCCAUGCCAGGUCAUAUUUGUCCUCCAGAACCACAAGAAGUAAUGUUUCAUCAUGCAUAUAGUUUUGGUUAUGCUCCUUCGAUCGAUGAUUACAAAUUUGUCAAGGUUGCUUAUGGAUGCAUGGUGCUCAUUUUUUCAUUGAAAAGCAGUUCAUGGAAAAGGGUUCAAGACUUUCCUUACAAACAUUGUUUGGAGAAGUCAGGGACGACUCUCAAUGGAGCUGUCCACUGGUUAUGUAGACGCCUUGAAGUUGGAGGUACCUGUGUGAUUGCUGCUUUUGAUUUAGCUCAGGAGAAGUUCUCAGACUUGCCCCCACCUGAAUCUGUCACAGAUUAUAAGAGAUUUACAACUGGUGUUUUGAGAGGGUGUCUUUGUUUACUACACCAGCACGAUAGGCGACACUCAUUUUGGAUUAUGAACAAGUACGGGGUGAAAGAGUCUUGGACUAUGAUUAUGAUAACCGACUCAUAUUCCUCUAUUUCUUUGAAGCCAUUAUGUUACUGGAAGGAUACCAAGAUAUUACUGGCAAGGAGUUGGAAACAAUUACUUCUUUGCAAUCCAAAUGAUGGAACUUGCAAAAAUUUCUUGGGAAAUGGCCUUCCGGACAAAUUCUGUGCUGAUGUGUACGUGGAAUGCCUCAUCUCUCCGAACUUAUGGUUCCGAAGGAACUCGCGGUUGCGUUUAGCCCCGAUGACAGUACUCUACACAUUUCUACUUCUAGUGCACAUGAACUACUUGCUUCUUGCAACUGAGUUGAGCAAGUUUCUGACCAAAAAAAGCAACUGA